AUGGCCGAGCCCAUCACCAAUUAUGUGAUCCACACAGAAGAAGAGCUCAAGACCAAUCCCGAGUACGAAGGAUUGCCGACAGGGACGGUUGUUCACGGCGAUGAAACCAUCAAAUUCAGCGAGUUGGGUGUGGAUGAAGAUGGUCUUAGUGCCAGACUCUUGUCGCUCAGUGAAUACUUCUUUGGUAACUUGCACCAUACCCACCACGUCUUCUACAACACCGUCAACACCUUGUCAAAACAAGGGAAGAAAACCGAGAACAGAACGUUUAUUGACCUCAAAGUCAUUCGUGCCAAAAGUGGGCGCGGAGGCAAUGGGUGUGUGUCCUUCUUCAGAGACGCCAACAGGCCAGUAGGACCGCCAGACGGAGGUGACGGAGGCGACGGAGGCGACGUAUUCAUCAGCGUGGUGAAUCGGAAUAUGAGCUCGUUGCACAAGAUCAAACGGACCUACGAGGCCAAAAACGGUACUCCAGGCAAAGGCAGCCAGCUUGACGGAGCUGUGGGCGAGGAUGUGAUCAUAGAAGUACCUGUGGGGACCACUAUCCGGUGGAUCCCCGACCCCAUGGUGCUUAAGAAGUAUUUGUACCGCAGAGAAGGCCAACAGCUCGAUGAUAUCAAGCUUGAAUUGAAAUGCGACGACAAAAACCAGAUCCAAUUGCACCGCAGUGGGUACGAGCCAGGCGAGGGCUGGUCGUUCAAGGAGAACGACGAAGAGUACUACCGGUCGAGAGAAUUCUUCACCGACCUCAACAAGCGGGUCACCGAGCACGACCACGAGCUUGUGGUGGAGGAGUUCAGACAGGACAAGUUUCCGUUGGUAGGCAUCGAUUUCGACAAGCCCACCAAGCGUCCUAUUCCGUUGCUCAGAGGGGGAAGAGGCGGGAUGGGCAACAUGCAUUUUUUGACCAAGGAUAUCCGAAACCCCAGGUUUAGUAAGCGUGGAAGAGAAGGUAUCACAUCGUUCUUUCUUCUUGAGUUAAAGCUUAUUGCCGAUUUAGGGUUGGUGGGGCUCCCCAACGCAGGAAAGUCAACCUUAUUGCGAGCGAUUUCCCGGGCGAGACCAAGGGUUGGCCACUGGGAAUUCACCACCUUGCAACCCACUGUGGGAACCAUUUUCACCUCCAUAGAUAAGGACCCGUUUACGGUGGCCGAUAUUCCCGGGAUCAUCAAGGGGGCUUCCCAGAACAAGGGUAUGGGUCUAGACUUCUUGAGACACAUCGAGCGGUCGGGCGGAUUGGUGUUUGUGGUUUCGCUCGAGAAGCCGAACCCGGUGGAGGACUUGAAGGUAUUGUUGGAGGAGGUGGGAGAGAAGAGAAUGCGGGACAAGAAGGUUUUGGUGGUGGCCACCAAGGCGGACUUGAGUGAAACUGGAGCCGAAUAUGGUCUGUUGAAGCAGUUUGUGGAGAGCGAAGAAGGCUGGAAGAUCGUGCCUGUGUGUGCAGAAAGAGGAGAGAAUAUCGAGCGGUGUAUCAGGUUGAUGGGCGAGAUCGCAUAUCAGUAG